GCCAAGGCCUUCCUGACGGAGCACGUGGCCACGCAGCUGGCACCGGCGCCGGAGCUGCUGCUGUCGCUGCACCGCUACACCGCCCACGACAUGUGGUCGGUGGGCUGCAUCUUCGCCGAGAUGCUGGGCCGGCGCCAGCUCUUCCCGGGCCGCAACUACGUGCACCAGCUGCAGCUGAUCAUGGCCGUGCUGGGCACGCCGCCCGCCGGCGUCAUGGCGGCCAUCGGCGCCGAGCGCGUGCGCGCCUACGUGCAGAGCCUCCCGCCGCGCCCGCCCGUGCCCUGGGAGAGCCUCUUCGGCGCGGCCGAGCCGGCGGCGCUGGCGCUGCUGGGCCGGAUGCUGCGCUUCGACCCCCGCGAGCGCGUGGGCGUGGCCGAGGCGCUGCGCCACCCCUUCCUCGCCAAGUACCACGACCCCGAGGACGAGCCCGAGUGCGUCCCCGCCUUCGACUUCGCCUUCGACCGCCAGGCGCUCACCAAGGAGGAGAUCAAGGCGGCCAUCGUGGCCGAGAUCGCCGACUUCCACGCCCGGCGCGACGGCAUCCGGCGCCACAUCGCCCUGGCGCCCUCGGGCGGCGCCGGCGGGCAGGGCCCUCCUGGGGGCGCUGUGCCCAAUGGGGGGGUCAGCGUGGCCAACGUCAACAUGGCCGACGUCAACAUGGCCAACGCGGCCGACGUCAACAUGGCCAACGCCAAUGCGGCCAAUGUCAACGCACCCGACGUCAAUGUGGCCAACGCCGGCAUGGCCAACGUCAACGUGGCGAACCUCAACGUGGUCAACGCCAACGUGGCCAACACUACCAUGGCCAACAUCAACAUGGGUAAUGGCGUCGGCAACGUGGCCAACACCACCAUGGCCAACAUGGCCAACAUCGCCAUGGCCAACGCCAACGUGGCCAACGCCCCCAGCGGCCCCGCGUGGCCGCCCUGCGCCGACGUGGACAUGCCGAGCCCCGGCCCCGCCCCCGACUGCCCCAUGGACUCGCCGCGGGUGAAGGUGGAGCCGGGAGCGCCCCCGGCGCCCAAGCGCGAGGGCGCCAUCUCCGACGACACCAAGGCCGCCCUGAAGGCGGCGCUGCUCAAGUCGGCCAUGAGGAACAAGAGCAAAGACGCGCCGUGCGCGGCGCCGGAGGCCCCCGAGGGCCGGAAGCCGGUGACGGCGGCGGAGCGGCAGCGGGAGCGGGAGGAGAAGCGGCGGCGGCGCCAGGAGCGCGCCAAGGAGCGCGAGAAGAAGCAGCGGGAGCGGGAGCGGCGCGAGCCCCGCGGGCGGGGGGAGGGGCUGCAGGGGCUGGUGCUGAGCGACGACGACCGGCACCUCCUGGAGCGCUGGACCAAGAUGCGCGACGGGCCCCCGCGCCCGGCCCCGCCUCGCGCCCCGCCUCGCCCCCCGCCCCCUCCCCGCCCCUGCCCCCCGCCCUGCCUGGCCCCGCCCGAGGCGUGGCCGGGCCCCGAGGCCUGGGCGGAGCCUCCCGCGCUCCUGCCCACUGCCCCGCCCCCGCCGACCCCCGACGUGGCCACGGUGACGCGGCAGCUCUCCAAGUCCCAGGUGGAGGACCCUGCCCCCGUGCUCCCCGUCACCCCCAUGGGCAGCGGCGCCUGGCCACGGCGCCGGCUUCGCAUCCUGGAGGAGUUUCUGAGCCAAUCUGACAUGGUGGGGGACCCCAAGGACAGCCAGGGGGACUCGGCGCCGCUGUCGGCGUCGCUCUUGGCCGACUGGCUGGAGGUUCACCGGCCCAGCCCCGCGGCGCUCGAGAGCCUCCAGCGCGACCUCCAGCUCGGCUCCCCGAUGCUCCUGGCCGACGACCUCCCGAGCCCUGACCCCCGAGGCCACGCCCCAGGGGGAGGCCACACCCACAGGAGGUCGGCCACGCCCACAGGGUGUCAGCCCCGCCCCCCAGGGGUGUCAGCCCUGCCCCUCGGUGCCUAG